AAAGCAAGAGAGUCAAUGUCACAGUUUGUUAAUUUUCUAUGCGAGUUGUCUUUCGCCUAGUGCUCUUGGUGAUUAGUAGGUGUACAACUGUGUGGAAAUUCAGACGUUUCUCUCUCGAUACGCUAAUUUUUUCAAACUAUUUUAGAGAUAAGAAAUUUAUUUAAAAACUAAGAAUAUUGCUUCAGACUAGAGACACUAAAAUAUUUAGAUUAAAAAAAAUCCAUACGUAAUUCAUGUCCUGCCGCAUUUCUCAAAGUAAAAAAAAGUAAAAUAUACUGAAAUAGUAUAUAAUAUAAUUGUGUGUACUCAAGGAAGGAAGAAGAGGAAAAAAGUGUUGAAUAUUUUGUGCAUUACUGAAGCAAUUGUGAUUGUGUUUGAAUAAACCCCAGUGCAGAUUACAAUCUAGUCAUUAUAAACGUCCAAAGAACUAAUUGCUAAAAUAGUUUGUAACUACAGGAACAACCUUUUUUUGUGUAAUGUCUUUUAAAAUAAAUGGAUCGAUAAAUUGAUAUACAUAUAUACAUGAUUUUCCUAUGUUAAACUCUCUCUCUCCUAUAACCGUGUGCUUUUAUACCUAUGAAUAUAAAGUGAUUGUGUGUUGCUAACAAUACUGAAAAUGGUUGUGAUGAUAGUAACUUUGCAUUGAAAUUGAUUUAAAUGCUUUUCAAAAUAAACAAAGAUACAAUAUAAUUUCUGAAUUUUAUAACAUCAUCAUUAUUAAAUUUCUCAAGAACUAAUUAAAAAAUAAAGUGCUAUAAAUGUGAAUUUUGACUUAAAAGGAGAGCUAUCUCUUUAAAAAAUUGAGUGAAAUAUUAAAGUCCUCCAGACGGGUUGAUGUAUGCUCCUUUUUCUUCAAAGAAAGAAAUGAUAAAAAUUCAAGUGAAACGCAAUUUGUUCAAAAAGAAAAUGAACCAUUUCGGGUAAAUUGUGAGGAGAGACAAUCAAUGGGAAAAGUGCAGGAUAAUUGGAGGACACACAACAAUGCCUGUAUUGUGAGGAUAAAGGAUAGAAGGAGAAAAAUACAUAGAAGAGGAGUCAAUAUUCAAUUUCUAUGAUAUGACGUUACAUUCGAGGCGUGUUUGUCUUUCUCGUCUAUUAUAUAAUGCUCACAGAGCACCAAGUCACACCAAUUGGUCAGGAGACAUCGCAGAAAGUGAAGUUUUUCAAACGGAACCCCUGCUGCUCCUUCCAAGAUAACUUAAAUGCUGCCCACUUUCGUCGUGGUCGACGAAUACAUGGACUUCAAUUGCCACUUCAUCCACUACAAUUGAUUGGUUGGGUGGCACUUGUAAGUUUUGGUCUGGGUACAUUUCUUGUGCUCAUACCAGCCCUCUCAACACCCGUCCAGCAACCCCUUUUUGGCCUCCUGUCUGGUCUCUAUGUCGUCCAUGGGAUAUCCCAUAUAGCCGCCCUCUUGCUCGAUCCAUCAGAUUCAGAAUUGAGAAAACAGAGUGUGGACCGAAUUGUUCCAGAAUUCGAUCGAACCAAGCACGCCCAUGUCAUUGAGAAUGGUCGUUGUCAUCUCUGUAAUAUUGCAACUAGUAGCUCCAGGACUAAACACUGCAGUGUAUGCAACAAGUGCGUUGGAAAAUUCGAUCAUCAUUGUAAAUGGUUAAAUCACUGUGUUGGCGAGAGAAAUUAUGUGGCCUUCCUCAUGUGCGUAGUGAGUGCCGUUUGUGCAACUUUGGUCAUCCUGGCCGCUGCUAUUGCAGAAAUUGUGCUGUACCACGUUAAACCUGAGUGGCUGAACAUAUGGACGUGGACUGAUGAUGUUGUGGCCAAUGAGGCGUCUGUUAUCUUCAAUGAUACACUAUCUGGUGCCAAUGCCACCCUCUUCAAUGACACCAAUACUGCCCUCAAUGCCUCCCAUGGCAAUGGUAGUGAAACACUUGGAGACACGGUGGAUGCUAUUAGCAAUGGAAUUGGAUUACAUGAUACGGUCUUUUUGAUAUUUGUGGCUGUCCUUGGAAUUUUGGCUGCCAUUUCGGCUGGUCUUCUUCUUCAUCUCUGUUUUUUUCACAUCUACAUAUCCUUUCUGGGACUAACCACCUACGAGUACAUUCGGAAUCGUCGGCAGAAUGCUGCAGCUGAGACACCAUCGACACUGCCGGCUGGAAUUGAGCCUGAUGUUGCCCUUACUGGGUCAUCCGUUUACUUCUGUUCGUCCGUGGCAACGGCAUCGACAUCUACGGAUGUCGUAGCUAAUCCAAGGGCUUUCAAUAGACCAAAAACUCUGCACUGCUGUGAAUCAUCGAGGGAGUAUCAGCAUCAACUGGCACAUCAUCAUAGAGCAUUCUAUGUCUGUUCCAUGUUGAAGCAGAGCUCUUCGGCAACGGUGUACGGGAACAACAGUCAGGAAUGCGAAUCCCGGACAUUCCACUGUUGCUCCCAGCUCAAGAGAGUCGAUCAGAAUGAAUUCACCCAAACGGAUAAUCAAUCAAUUGUCCGAUAUGCCGAACAAUGCACCUUCUGUAGUUUCCGCAUCAAGGCGCCAAGUAAGACGGAGAGUUUGUCAUUUCAGAGCAAACGCUGCUGUCUCAAGUCAAUUACCAAGCACCAUCAUAGGUGGCGUCGGAAGUGGAAUUGCUGUUCAUCCGUGCCAGACAGUCCUGAUGUACCUGUUGACACUAUUCGCACCGUAGCAUCCUCCGUGCCACCCUUGCCUCAUGGAGGCGAUGUAAAGGGCAAGCACAGUGACUGUCAUGAGAAAAAGAACUCCCUGCAUAGGCAUUCUGGCUCAAAUUCCCAGCCAAGACUCGAACUGAACGGAAGCACAAACAAUAUCAACGCAAAACACACGAGAUCUCGGCUCGUGAGACCCUGGCCGGUGUCUCGAUUUAGGCACAUGCUGAGGACCAUCGGCCGUUACAGAACAUCCCACUGUCGACGCGGGAAUAAUGCCGUACUGAAGCAAAAUCAAAUUCGUCCACUAUCAUCCGUCGAACAACACAAUACAACGAUGCCAAUACCUUCCAUUCACGUCCAAACUGUCCUGCCCACCUCGGCGAUACGGUCAAAUGGGGAAGAUAAUAUGACUGAACAAGUAUGCGGGAUUACUCUACCGGCUCUACCGCCACCGCCACGACGAAAGAUUCGCAAUACGGCGGAUCUGCAAGAGUUGGCAGAUACCCUGGCAUUCGUGCAACAUCCACGAAAUACCACCACCAAUCCUGUCAGGCGACAGGGAAGACGAAAGAAUCUACUGAGAACACGAAGUCCCACUCUAUCGCCUAUUCACGAAUCCGGAUUGUCUAAUCCCACCUCGCCCAAGCCCUGUCGCCACACCACCUGCAACAGUGAUAUGUGCACCAGCAGCGAGAGUAUCACGAGUAUCAACGGAUCAAGUGUUCACGAUAAGUGAAUGAGUUAGUCUAUAAUUAAACUAUUGAAACUACCAAAAAGCAUUAAUUUAUCAUAGAUGGGAGAAAAGAGCUCUGUGAAAUAAUGGUUAUUCAUUAAAAGCAGAAGCGAAAGUUUGAAAAGUUGUUGAUUUUCAGGGAUUGAACAAAUUUAUUUUGAGAAGCGAUUAUAGAGGGGAUAAAAUUAGCCAGAGGCCAGAAUUAGACAGUGGACUGUUAUAGUUUUCCUUUUAUUUCAAUUGGGAACUUACGAAAUGCUCAUUAAACCCACUAAAACGUUCGUAAAAGUU